AUGAGUAAAGCAGUUUUUACAACAUUAAUUGUGUUCGGCAAGUUAUUCUGUUUUUUUCAUCAGGCUGUAAUCGUCAAAUGUGAAAAUAACGAAACCACUGGUCUCAGCCCGGUGGCCCAGGGUGCAUUGAUGGGAGUCGGAUUGUUUAUUGGACUGUUCGGUUUGAUUCUAUUCCUCGUAUGUUGCUGUUGCACGCCGGAAAGUUCGACCCGCUCCCUGUCUUCAUCACGCAAAGACAAAACAACCCAGUCCGGUGGGCCGGAAUGUUCCAGUGAAACAACCAUUGAGUGUGUCACCCCAGUCGGUCCGCCGCCGCCACCGCCACCACCACAAGUAGCCGGUGAGUCCGCAGUGUCGAACAAACGAGAUUUAGCCUGGUAUUCCAAUUCUGGACAGCCUUUACCAGCCUAUGCCAAGCCAGCUACAAAUGGGCACGGUUGA